CCGCGGCCGCCGCUGCCGCCGCCCUAUCCUGCCGAGGCCAUGGCGGAGCCGAGCAAGCAGGACAUCGCGGCCGUGUUCAGGCGUCUCCGCUCCGUGCCACCCAAUAAGAUGUGCUUUGACUGUGGUGCCAAAAACCCCAGCUGGGCCAGCAUAACGUACGGGGUGUUUCUCUGCAUUGAUUGCUCCGGCACACACCGCUCUCUUGGGGUUCACCUGAGCUUCAUUCGGUCUACCGAGCUCGACUCUAGCUGGUCUUGGUUUCAGCUGAGAUGCAUGCAAGUUGGAGGGAAUUCCAAUGCUUCUUCCUUCUUUCAUCAACACGGUUGCACAACAAGUGAUGCCAAUGCCAAGUAUAACAGCCGUGCUGCUCAGCUUUAUCGGGAGAAGAUCAAAUCUCGUGCUUCCCAAGCAGCUCGGAAACAUGGCACCGAUUUGUGGCUGGAGAGCUGUGUGGUGCCGCCAUCGUCCCCGCAGCAGAAAGAGGAGGAUUUCUUUGCAUCCCAUGCUUCUCCCAAGGUUAGCGGCCCAGAGUGGACAUCAGCACCAACAGAGCCAGGUCCUUUCAGACCGAGUUCUUCAGAAGCCGUAACAGAGAGCUCCGAAGGUGGACCAGAGCACGGACCCAGUGUGGACGGCCUGAGUGUGUCCCCGAAAGCUUCCUUAGAUGUUUCCUCUCUCAUAAAAAAGAAACCAACCCAGGCUAGAAAGGGGCUCGGGGGCAAGAAGGGAGGCUUGGGGGCCCAGAAAGUGAGCAGUUCGAGCUUCAGUGACAUUGAAAAGCAGGCCCAGGCGGUAGAGAAGAGGAAGGAGCAGGACGACCUCCAGGCUCCCAAGGAAGAGUCCAUGGUGUCAUCGUUACGAUUGGCCUACAAGGAUCUGGAGAUUCAAAUGAAGAGAGAUGAAAAGAUGAAUUUUAGUGGCAAAAAGAAAAUAGAAUCAGAAAGGCUCGGCAUGGGGUUUGGGAACACCAGAAGUGGAAUUUCCCACUCUGUGGUCUCAGACAUGCAGACCAUAGAACAGGAGACACCCGUUCUGGCCAAACCGAGGAAGAAAUAUAGUGAUGACAAGGAGGAUUCCUAUUUCACUUCGUCCAGUACAAGGUACUUUGAAGACCCUGCCGAGAUGAGGAGCAGCCCCGUGGCUAAAUGGGACGACGGCUCAGACGCCUUUUGGAGAAACGAGCCCAUCAGAGAGACAGAAACCAUCCUAAGCUCGAAGGGGACGAGCUACGCCGACAGGCCAACUUCACGUCGCAAGCCUGAUUAUGAGCCAGCUGGAAAUACAGAUGAGGCACAAAAAAAAUUUGGCAACGUCAAAGCCAUUUCGUCGGACAUGUAUUUUGGAAGACAAGACCAGGCUGAUUAUGAGGCAAGGGCUCGGCUGGAGAGGCUGUCUGGAACCUCCUCCAUAAGUUCGGCUGACUUGUUUGACGAUCAGAGGAAGCAGUCCUCAGGACACUACAACCUUAGCAAUGUCUUACCGAAUGCCCCAGACAUAACGCAGUUCAAACAAGGAGUGAGAUCGGUGGCAGGAAAACUCUCUGUGCUGGCCAACGGAGUCAUGACGUCCAUUCAGGAUCGCUACGGCUCCUGAUCGCAGCCUGCGAUGGCACGUGGCGCGUGGCUGUUCAGCCUUCGGUGUUCCUCGCUCAUCUGUCACGCACAUGCCAGCAAGUGGCCAUCACACCGCGAGUCCAGCCACCUUUCUGUUGAGCUGGGAGCUUUCGGAUGGUUCACUUCCUUUUAGAGAAAUUUUUUUUUUUUUUUUUGCUGUAGUAGAAGCUUUUUAGUAAUUUCUGUUAAUUUAUGGUACAUGUUGAUUCCCUGCCCUGGCCCACGCCCCCAGGGGGCCUGCACAGGCCGCCUGGCCUUCGUUUCUGUGUCUGGCCACACUUACCAUCAGAGCCAGUGGCUUGAGAGAGUGGCCGAAGGGAGGGCCCCACAUCCCUUUGCCCCCCAUCCCCAAAUCUCCCUUCUCUGCGGAGUCAGCGUUCAGUCCUGGGGCUUUCAGAGCUGCUGCCCUGAUGCUCCCAGUGUCAGGAGACGGAAAAUGCCCCAUGCAAACACUUCCUUCAAAGGGACCAUUGUCAACCAAAGCUGAAGAUCCUCAAACAAUUCUAAGUACAUUCCUAAAUUCCUGUGUCUCUGUUCAUUAAAGUGAUGGGAAGAUUGUAUUAAAAACAUUAUUUCCCUUUUAAAAUUGUUAACUUUGUAUGAAAUAUAAGAUUUUUUCAAUUUUCCAAUGAGUGCAUUAAAUAAAUCUAAGCUUUCAUGUAGCUUCAGGAAUGAAUUAAUCUUGCUGCUUGCAGGGUGGGGCCUCUGGGUUCUGGAGAGACGCAGGCUGAGAACUCGGGGUUUGCUUUGGUGAGGUGAUGGAGUACACGGAAGGGAAAGGGAGAAAAUUGGGUACACACACAUACACACACAAACACAUGCACGCAUGCAUCCAUACAUGUAAACAUGCAGACAUACACAGCUUUACACGUAAUCUCCACCAGCACCUGGCAAAAAUACUAGUUGUGACAAUGAAGGGUUUUGUUGAUUUUUUUAACCUGAAUCUUAGAUUUCAGCAAAUCACAGAAUGCCUCCAAAUGAAGAAGAACCAAUGGGCUGGAUGUGUUUUAGACAGGAGAAAACACAGUCCAGGAAUCUGGCAGACCAGAAAACUGGUACCAACUGAAUAUCUAAUGAAUAUUUCCUAAAACGAUAAAAUCUCAAAUUUGUAAACUUGUCAAGCAAAUAAAUAGUUGCUCUCGA